AAAGUUUGUCCACACUGCAUCAGCACUGUAUUGAAUAAAUCAGGGCUAACAAAACGCAGCCUAAACUUCCGGCUUCCACACGACUCAUUUCUUUCCUUUCCUCCCAUACGAUAAGUGGCUCCAGUGCCAACCAACAGCUACCAUAAAGUGCACUUAAUGGGCUCUAUGAGUUGCUUCGUUGGGCUUUGCCAGCGACACUUCCACUUACAAGCCUUGUCUCAAUGUGCGAGGCAGUCGGCUUAUCGAAUAGCACCUUUCCAGCCAAUAUGCACUUUUGCACGGAAUUCGGUGCGCCGCUUUGUGGCAGCUAGCGCGCAAGGCGAUGCAUUGGAUGCUGCAGUAGCGGCGCCGAAGCCAUCCAAACCCUGGUACAGUGUCAGGCCUAUAACUAAAGAUGACGUGGAUUUCUCCUUCGCGCGUUCCAGUGGUGCUGGAGGACAGAAUGUCAACAAGGUGAGCACCAAGGUGGACAUGCGGCUGGACCUGGGCAAGGCCGGCUGGAUACCCGAGGAGGUCAAGGAGGCGGUGCGGCAAAUGGAGAAGAACCGCUUCACCAGCGAGGGGGUGCUGGUGGUGCAGUCGCAGCGGCACCGCACGCAGUCUCAAAAUUUCGAUGACGCUCUCUCCAAGCUACAAGACAUUCUGGACCGAGCAGUGGAGGCGGUCACACCCAAGGAGGUGGACCCGGAGACCAUCAAGCGGGUCAAGGCCAACAUCAAGGCGGGCCACGAGCGACGGUUGGACGCCAAGAAGAAGGACUCAUCGCGCAAGAAGGAGCGAUCACGGCGUGACUGGGACUGAUGAGGGAGGCCUGCUGAUUGAAUGCUGUGGCAGCAGCUGCAGCUUAGGCAGACAGGGCCGUGUCAGGGGCAGCGGCCGCAGGAGUGGUGGUAGAGGCAGAGGCAGCAGUGGCGCCAGUCGCAGCAGGCGCCGGGACAUCGGCGGUGGCCUUCGCUGGCUUCAAUGAGUAGCAGUCGUGGUGGGGACGUGAGGAGUGGUAGGGACGGCCUGAAUUACGGCGAUGACCGCCGGUAGAUAACUGGAGCGCAGUAGAUAGUGCGAUGCCGAGGGUUUGCACUAUGGGAAGGGGUUCCUUCCGUACUGUUUUCUACUUCCGUACUGUUUUCUUCUUACAGCAUAGGGCGGGUCCAUUCAUCGAUUGGACUUAAGCACUUAACUGGUCAAAACGUGCUACUUUCUCGUGUUGAAAUCAUAUCACGGUGAUAGAAACAAUGGGCAAGCACUUGGGCAAAUGUCCCUUUGGAAUUUUGCAGCGAAUUACCUGGAGGUUCAUGAAAACGUCGUUGAUCCACCUACCCACCUACCCACCCCUGCUGUACAACUAAUUCUGCAAGCCCAUGCCGUUUUCCGUUUCAAGCCCCAAAAAUUUUAUUAAGUAAAUUAGGUAUUCCCAC